UAUUUGUCGAAUUAUGGAAGUGUUUACCUUGACCCCUUUGCAAACUCAAAAGACCUAGCACAGUGAAAGCGCCUAGUAAAGAAGUGAAAGUCGCUAGGACACCUGGUCCUAAAUUGGAUGUUUCUGCAAGGACAACAACCCCUAGGAGUGGAAUCUUGACCCCAGGUUUCUCUAAGAGAAAUCAGAAUGCACACCCUGCCACUAAUCCUCCGAAGCAUGCUGGAGUAAGAGCCUUGUCAAAAAAUCCUAAAAUCACCCCAAGUAACCCAAAAGUUGUUCAUGCUGAUAAAGGUUCAGUUACACUAGCCACGCGACCUGGGAAACAUUUAAAUAACUCAGUUGAAACACAUCCACCACCCAGAAAGCUUCAGUCAGGAACGGAAGCAAAUAAGGUGUCAGAAACUUGUCUCCCACGAGGCGUCUCUGACGUUAGUGAGAAAAAGCAAGAGACACAGCUUCAAACAACAAAAUUAUCAGGCCUUCGGAUGCCAUCUCCCUCAUUGGGAUUCUUUUCUAUAGCCAAAGCUCCCAGUUCACAUAGCCAAUUACAGAAAACUUCUAAACCUUGCAAGCCAGCUCAGAGUAACACUCUUAAAUUACAGAAUUUAGAAACAAAUUCUGUCAAUGAGGCAAGACUACAACAUGCACCUGUUAUGAUGUCUGAAAUUGUCAAAGGGGAGAAUUGCACUAAGGAGUUAAGCCUUUUAGAUGUGAAGUCAGAACUGAGCAUGCAAGUGGAUAAUAAGCAGAUGGCUUGUGUAGAAGUGAAAUAUAAUUCUGUGGGCUCUGGAAAAAUAAGCAAGCAAGAAAAGGUUGAAAACAUUCUUGGUCAUGUCAACGUAACAUAUGAGGAACACGGAGAACUACGUAGAAAUAAUAAUGCUUCUAGAGUGGAGGAUGCGGUAUUCCCUAGACACGAAAAGAAGCUUCUUUCAGAGAGUCACACUCAAGUGCAGUUGGAGAAAGAAACUGGUCAGCAUGAUGUUUCGUUAAAAGGGUAUCAAUCUGUAUUGCAGGAACCACCAUCGAUUCACUAUCAUGGUGGUGCUGCUGAUCAUGUUAAAAAUGGAGGAGAUGCUCAAAAACAUUUAUUGAAUGGGAAUCUUUCAGUCAAUUGUAGCGAAACCACUGGAAGUAAUUUAGAGGCAGUUAAUCAACAGUUACAAGGGGAACAACUUAAGACUACAAGUGUUGUUACGGUGGGAGAAAUCAUGUCAACAAGGGAAAGUGAAUCUCAUGUAAAUAGUUGUCAGGUUUCAUUCAAAUGUUUUGCAGCAAGUGAACCAAAAAUAGCAAAAAUUGAAGGCUGUCAGUUAUCAGUAGAUGAUCAGUCAGGUUUCAUUCAGACAAUACCAGUGUUAGAACAAUGUGAUAAGGUUAUCGCCUCAAAAGCAAUGGAUCAUAGUACUCAAGUCUUUGAAUUGGACAGGUCGAGUGAAGAUUGCAGAACCGUUUCUGCAACAACUUGCAACAUUGAGUUAAACAAUGUUUCACAGGAAGGCAGACCUUUUCGUGAGGAUAAUGUACAGAAUCUUCUCCUUACAUCCCAAGUAUGUCCAAUGGUAAAAUCUGAUUUUGUUUCUGGUGAAAAUGAAAUGUCAACCAAUAACCACUGUACAAUUUCCAAGUUGCAACAUAGGGAUGAGGGUUCUUCUUGGGAUGCUUCUAUCCACUAUGAUGUUCCGUGUUAUCUCCCUGGAAACUUUGAGCAACAAACUAGCAACAUUACAUAUUCUAAAGUUAACAAAAUGCUCUGUGAAGAUGUGAGUUUAGUGUUAAAUCAUGGUGACUUGCUUGAUCAGAGUGAAUUUUCUCAAGUGUCUGCAAACAUCAAUUCAAACACCAAAGAUUUUAUAGGUUCUGAAGCUGAAAAGUCCUCUAGCUUCUUACAGCAUACAAUAUUGACUCGGUUAGGCCGAGAAGUUGAUCACUCUAACACAGAGAUUAAAGGAUCACAUGUGGAAGCACAAAUGCGGUUGCUUAAUGAAAAUCCAGCGCCAUACAAAAGCAAUAGUAAGCAUUUAAAUGUUUUUAUUACCGAUAAGUUUCCCUUGGCAGAUAACAAUAGUAUGAAUGAAAAUUCUAGUCUUCCUGAUAUUCAAAGCCUCGGUGCUGCUGUUCGUGCAGAUCCUGAGAACGGUAAUAACAUACUACACUCUGACAGUGACUGGGCGCCCACAAAUAUUGCUUCUUCUGAAGAAGUCAAUAAAUCAAUGGAAGAUGUGCAUGCGCGUUCGUUUAAUGAAAACCCAGCCCCAUUCAACUGCAACAGUAAACACUGCCUUGUUACAAAUGAUACUGAUUUUCAAAGGUCUGGUGCUGUUGGUACUGCAGAUUUAGAUAAUGUUAAUAGCAUACUACUAGACUUGAAUGGUGAUAUGUCCACACAUGUUGCUCCUUCUGAAGAGAUCGAGAAAACAAUUUUAUUUGAGGGUGCAUUAUGCGAUAUCUAUACAAGUGAAAACAAUGAUUCCCAUAAUCAUAGUCAAGCUAUGCCUGAAAACAAAGAUGGAAAUAUUAGUACGGAUGAUUUGCCAAUCGAUGAUGCAAAAGAAGGUUAUUCUAACAUAUUGCCUUUAGUUGAAUUUGAACUCAAUGGCAACAUUCAGAAAAUGACUGAAAACAAAGAUGGAAAUCUUGAUAUGGAUGAUAUUAAAGACGGUUCUUCUGACAUGUUUCCUUCAGUUCAAGUUCAAGUCAAUGACAACAUUCAGGAUAUGUCUGAAAACAAUGAUGGAAACGUUGAUAUGGAUGAUUCAGAAGAAUGUUAUUCUAACAUAUCGUCUUUGGUUGAAGUUCAACUCAUUGACAACAUUCAGGCUAUUUCUGGAAACAAUGAUGAAAAUCUUGACAUGGACUAUGCAAAAGAAGGUUCUUCUGACACAUUGCCUCUAGUUGAAGUUCAACUCGAUGACAAUAUUCAGGCCAUGUAUGAAAACAGUGAAAGAAAUCUUUAUAUGGAUGAUUUGCAAAUGGAUUAUGCUAAAGGUUCUUCUGACAUGUUGCCUUUAGUUGAAGUUCAAGUCAAUGACAAUAUUCAGGAUGUGUCUCAAAACAAUGACGGAAAUCUUGAUAUGGAUGAUUCAAAAGAAUGUUCUUCUGACAUAUUGCCUUUAGUUGAAGUUCAAGCCAAUGACAACAUUAUAUCUUCUGAACGCAUUUUUUCUUCAGCAGUGAACAAAGAUUCUUUUGCAGAUGUAGUUGCCUGGAAACCCGAGGAGCGUUGUUCUUUAAGUGAAAGUUCAAAUUUACCAGCUUCAGAUCAUCUAACCUUCAAUCUAGAUGAAUUUUCCGAUACUGACAUGCUAUAUCAGUCCAAAGGUGGCAUUUACUUUGCAGAAGACAACAGAAAAAUAAUUGACUUACAUGACUCUGCUCUUAAAAGCAAUCAGGAAGUUCUUACAGGGAAGCUUCCAACAAAUGCUGCUCCCUUUUCUGAUGAAUGGUUUACUGCAACCGAUUCCGCUGAACAGAAGUUGAAUCAAAAUCCCCCCCGUGGAGAUAUGCCGGAAACUGUUGCUUGUGAUACUGAGCUUCGGGAUGCUGGUUCUUCCAGGGAUGCUUCUAUUCAGCAUCAUGUUAACUGUGAUGCUUCUAAAGCUGAAGAAAUGCUUUGUGAGUACAAGGGUUUGGAGCCAAAUCAUGAUCACGUGGGUGAUCAGAAUGAAUUUUCUGAAGUAUCUGCAGAUUUCAUUUCAAACACCAAAGAUUCUAUUGGUAGUGGAGCAGAAAAACCUUCUGGCCAUAUACAACAUUCCCUUCUGGGUCAGUUUGUCGAGGAAUUUAUUCAGACUAACAGAGAAAUUGAGGAAUCACAUUUGACCACACAAGUGCAGACACUUGCUGAACAUCCAGUAUUAUACAACUGCAACAGUAAACAAUGUCUUGCUGUUUCUGAUAGUAAGUUUCCAUUGGCCGACAGUGACAAUAUAAAUGAAAAUUCUCAACUUCCUGAUUUUCAAGGGCCUUGUGCUGUUGUUGGUGUAGAUUCCCAGAAUGUUGAUAACAUACAGUUACACUUGGAUGGUAAUUGGCUGUCCACAAAUAUAGUUUCUUCUGAAGAAAUCGAGAAAACAAAUUUGUCUGAAAAUGCAGUAAAAGGAUGUGAUGUCCGUACAGGUGAGUACAAUGCUUCCAAUGACCAUAUUCAAACGAAUGAUGGAAAUCUUUACGCGGAUGAGAGAGCAGAGCAUUUGCAAACGAAUAAUGUGAAGAAAGGUUCUUCAGACAUAUUGCCAGUAGUUGAAGUUCAACUCAAAGACAACGUUGUAUCUUCUGAAUGCAAUUCUUUUAUAGAAGAGAUCAAAGACUCCUUUACAGAUGAAGUUGCUUGGAAACCUGAAGAGCAUAGUUCAAGUGAAAGUUCAAGCUGUGAAAUUAGUUUGUUGAACUCUACAACCUUUUCAGAAGAAGCUGGAACUAAUAUUUUUGAGAAAGACGAGUCUCCUAAUACCGGCAUGGAGCACAAGUCAAAAGGUGAUAUUUAUUAUGCAGAAGACAGCAACAAAAUAAUUCAUUUGCAGGAAUCUGCAACUAAAAGCAAGCUGGAAGUUCCUACAUUGAAGCCUCCGCCAAAUGCGGCUCCGUUUUCUGAAGAAUGGUUAGCUGCAAUUGAAGCCGCCGGAGAGGAGAUCUUAACGAUGAAAGGCGGUGCUGUGCAAAAUUCUCCCACUGAGAAGACUCAGCACGAACCUGGUCCUUGGUCCCCGGUGAGACGUAAGAAUCAAUCGAUUGGACCCUUUGAUUGUACCAAACACAAUACCCAGCCAUCCAGUUCAUAAUAAAACCGAGAUUCAGUUCCUUAUUAAUUACUAACCAUUUUUUCUCCUACGCAUAUAGAAUUGCCGGUUACCAGAAUUAUGCCACACUCUGAAGAUGCACAAUAAAUAAAUAGUAUUCUGAUUCAGAUUGUACUCGAAUUGUAAAUGAUACUUGUUUUCUACUUACUAUUACAUAGAACUUUUGUUCUUGAAGUUUCCCACGAGCUAUAUAAUAAGGCUAAUCUCCACUUUUUUUGCAUUCA